GUUCUGUCCAUAGACGUUCUGUCCAUUAACCGUUCUGUCAAAUGUGUCAAAAAAUCAAAAUUGUAUCAUCGUGCUUUUUACAAACAUGAUACUCAAAUUUAUACUGAUUUUCCUGAUACAAUAUGUAGAAUCAGAUCACGCCAACAAAAUCCUGGGGAGAUUGAAUUCAAUUUUAUCGCAUCACAAUAACGAAAAUAAAUCUGAAAUAUUCAACGCCACAAAUCCGUAUUGUUCAAUUUGCUGUGUCGAUAUCAAUCGGCAUUACAGAGGAAGACAAUGCGGUAUCCAUACAAUGUGCGCAUUUGGUUCGAAGAAGAUAAGUCCGGCUUGUAAAGGACUCAUAGUGAUGGACUUUUCACGAAACGAAAUUGAGGCAAUAGUCGAUGCGCAUAAUACCUUCAGAAAUAGGAUUGCUAUGGGUGUUGAAGAACAUGGAUAUCCUGGCCCACAACCUGCAGCAGCAAAUAUGAGGUAUAUUUCUUGGGAUAACGAGUUGGCAAGUGUAGCAUUACGCUGGGCAACGCAGUGCGUUUAUAAUCAUGACCGUUGUAGAGAUUUAAAACGUUUUCCAGUUGGUCAAAACAUUGCCAGAGGCAAUUACGCUUCAAGAAACGAUUUACAAUUUGUAGCUGAUUGGUUUGAGUUGGUGCAUUUUGUUAAUCGUGACAUGAUACAGAAAUAUGACAAAAAGAUGUUUGAAGGUCUAUCAGACUAUGCCCAACUAGUCUGGGCAGACACCUACCUCAUAGGAUGUGCAAGAGUCAGCUUUCAAGAAGCUAAUAAGGAAGGUUAUAUAGUUUAUAUCGAACAUUUUUUUUGCAACUAUGGACCUUCGGGAAAUAUUCCCGAACAAUCUGUAUAUAAAAUUGGUGAAGCAUGUACUGCAUGCCCAGAAGGAACUUUUUGUACAAAUCCUGAGUAUCCAGGCUUAUGUGGGAGUGAUAUUUUAAAUGAGACCAUUCUUCAAGACAAGAAGCGAAUUUUGAAGGCGAAUAAACCAGUGAAACUUGAAACAAACAAUAUCAAUGCCAAUGCUUCUAACAUAAAAAGGUCUCUUUCUUAUUAUAUACUAUAUUCGAUUUCGUUUUUAUUAUAUAAUAUCUGUAUGCUAUUUAUAUAAUAAUAAAAGUGUAUAAAACACAAAAAAGGGAUUAAUUUUAAAGAAUAUGUUGACUUUUUAUAUUAAAGUUAUUUAUA